AUAGUGAUUUCACAUUUUUAUGUAUUUUUCGUUUGCAUUAAACACAUAAAAGAUUCCGCUUAGAUGCAUUACCCUACUAUGUAUUUAACUUGAACUAACUGAACAAGUAUGUAUUUAACUUUAACUAAUUAUUCUAAGCAGAAAAUUAAGUCAUAUUUACGAAAAGAAAAUUCCUUAUUCCAGAAUCGCUGCAUAAUACAUAACCUAAAACUAGCAGAACCACGAUUAAAAAGACGCGUUCCUUUCUCUGGUUUUUGAGGUAGUUUCCCAUUGGUUAGUGUAACAGGGUCUGUGGUUAACGUGGCACUCACACAACGUUUUAACGUCAUCACGGUGGUACACUAAAGUUUCUCUUAGUGUCUGCAAAUAUACCGGUACCGAAAUAACAGGAUCUUUACCCGGAUAGGCGAGGAGAAGUAAUGUUUGCCUUAUUAUAAUUGCCAUGUGCUUUCCUUUGUAAGCUGCAGUCUGUAUAAGCUUAGAUGUUUAUGUUAUCAGAAAAAAACAUUCAUUGAAAUUUUGGAAACGCUUUAGACUGACAUUGGUGCGACGAAACAGGAGUCGAUAUCUUUAAAACUGUUUGAAGCAAGCAGUUACUGGCACAUAGCUGAGGAUGAAGAUAUCGAAUUCAGCUUGAGAGCAACUGUGUCUUGAAGGUUGAUUGAGUCAGCGGGGAGCAGAACACAAUGGAAUCAGCACUACUUGCAGAACAAACCUGUUGUGUUUACAGAAGACAGUCAAGCAGAACAUUUUUGUACUUUUUUGUUAUAAUAUGUUUGGCUGCUGUUAUUUCCUGCAAUGAUGAUUAUUAUGAGCUACUUGGAGUGUCCAGAGAAGCAAGUAAUAGAGAAAUUCGACAGGCCUUUAAGAAGCUUGCACUAACAAUGCAUCCUGAUAAAAACCCUAAUGAUCAGGAUGCUCAUGACAAGUUCCUGAAGAUAAACAGAGCCUAUGAAGUUUUGAAAGAUGAAGAUUUGCGGAAGAAAUAUGAUAAAUAUGGAGAGAAAGGACUACAAGAUAAUCAGGAGGGUGGAAGAUAUGAAAGCUGGAACUAUUACCGAUAUGACUUUGGUAUAUAUGAUGAUGAUCUUGAGAUCAUCACAUUGGACAGAGGGGACUUUGAUGCGGCUGUGAACUCUGGAGAGCUGUGGUUUGUGAAUUUCUACUUUCCACGCUGCUCACAUUGUCAUGACUUGGCACCAACAUGGAGAGAGUUUGCAAAGGAAAUGGAUGGUGUAAUCAGAAUUGGAGCAGUGAACUGCGGUGACAAUAGGAUGCUGUGUCGAAGUAAAGGCAUCACCAGCUAUCCAAGCCUGCACAUAUUUAAAGCUGGAAUGAAUUCGGAAAAAUACUACGGAGACCGAUCAAAGGAGAGUUUACAGAAUUUUGCUAUGCAGUUUGUGAAAAGCAAAGUCACGGAACUGUGGUCAGGCAAUUUCUUCAAUGCUAUUGAAUCAGCAUUUGCUUCAAGAAUUGGAUGGCUGAUAACGUUUUGUGCAGAAACUGGAGAUUGUCUGUCAUCUGAAACUCGACACAAGUUAGCAGGGAUGUUGGAUGGUUUGGUCAAUUUAGGGUGGAUGGACUGCUCAACACAAGCCCAGUUAUGUGACAGUUUUGAUAUCAAAUCCAGUACAACCACUUAUUUCCCACCUGGAAGUUCCUUAAGAGACAAGGGGGGAGUCCUGUUUCUUAAAAGUCUUGAUGCUAAGGAAAUCUACAAUGAAGUUAUGCAGCAUUUACCAGAUCUGGAGGUGCUUACCAAAGAAACCAUCAAGGAUAAAUUGGCCCAUCACCGUUGGCUUGUGAGUUUCACUUUUGGUGAGAACCAGUUGGGUUCACAUGAGUACAAAAAGCUAAAGUCCCUUCUUAAAGAAGACCAUAUACAGGUUGGAAAAAUUGACUGUCUUUUGGAAUUGGACCUCUGCAAUUCUUUUUAUAUUCAUAAGCCAAGUAUAGCAGUCUUUAAGGGGUUUGGGAUAAAUGAUUUUGAGAUCCACCAUGGAAAGGAUGUUUUGUACAACAUUGUCGCCUUUGCGAAAGAUAGUGUUCACGCAUACGUCACAACCCUGAGACCUGAGAACUUCCCAAAUAAUGAAAAAGAACCGUGGCUUGUGGACUUCUUUGCACCAUGGUGCCCCCCUUGUCGUGCUCUCCUGCCAGAGCUAAGGAAAGCGUCUAAGCAGCUGUUUGGACAGCUGAAGUUUGGAACACUCGACUGUACAGUUCAUGAUGGGAUCUGCAGUAUGUAUAAUAUUCAAGCCUAUCCAACAACCGUAAUAUUCAACCAAUCAAACAUUCAUGAAUAUGAAGGCCACCACUCUGCUGAUGGAAUUUUGGAAUUUAUUGAGGACCUUAUCAAUCCCUCAGUGGUCACGCUGUCUCCUGAAAGCUUUGAAGAGCUGGUGAAAAAGAGGAAGAGGAGUGAGACCUGGAUGGUAGAUUUCUAUGCUCCAUGGUGUGGUCCGUGCCAGGCACUGUUACCAGAGUGGAGAAGAAUGGCUAGGCUUUUGAAUGGCAUGAUCAGCGUGGGCAGUGUAGACUGCCAGAAGUACCACUCAUUCUGCCAUGGGGAAAAUGUACGUGCUUAUCCUGAAAUCCGUCUGUUUCUUCAGAACUCAAAUCGGAGAGAUCAAUAUCAAAGCUACAAUGGUUGGCACAGAGAUGCAUAUUCCCUCAGAACCUGGGCUUUAGGAUCUCUCCCUAGAGCCUCCGUAGAUCUAAGUCCUGAAGAUUUUAAACAGAAAGUUCUGAAUGGGAAGGAUCACUGGGUUAUUGAUUUCUAUGCCCCUUGGUGUGGUCCUUGCCAGAAUUUUGCACCUGAAUUUGAGAUUCUUGCCAGAACUGUCAAAGGAAAAGUGAAAGCUGGUAAAGUGGAUUGUCAAGCUUAUGGUCAAACAUGUCAGAGUGCAGGAAUCAGAGCCUAUCCCACUGUGAAGUUCUACCCUUUUCUGGGAAAGAAAAAGCGAAAUGCAGAGGGUGAAUACAUAAACAGUAGAGAUGCAGGUGCCAUAGCUGACCUUGUGAGCCAGCGAUUGCAGCAGAUAUCUUCCCAGUUACAAGACAAAUCCUCUUCUAAGAUAAAGGAUGAACUUUAAUUUCGAAGAAGCCAGAGAGCAUUUUGAUCCAGAGGGGGAAAAUAAGCAUGCUGACCACACAGAGGAGAGUAAAAAUGAAGAACGGAUGGAAAUUCUUGAUUAAAAGAUUCUUGAAUAGAGUAUGAGAGGUUGUGGGAUGUUUACUACCUUUGCACUUCAGAGCAGGCAUGAUAACAUGAAACUGUAUGUGCUGUACCAGGUUUGACAAAAAUAUAGUACUGUAGUUGUAAGAAAAUAUUAAGGGGUUUUGCAGGCAUUUAACCUGGGGUUAAACAGAUGUCACUGCUGGUGAGCAUGUAAACAACAUGUAUUUAUUCAAAAGGCCUUUUAAAAUACUGUGUUUGCUCUUCACUUAUAGACACAACUGAGAAUAGUGACAUGGACUGAACAGAAAACAAAUUAAGGAAUUAUGAUUGAAAUUGUUUGAGAAUACAGAUUUCAAAUGCUUUCAUUUUGUGAUAUGUCCUGUGGGUAAAUACUGCUGCAGUGAGUUUGUUAGGACAUUUAGGAAGAAUGCACGUUAUAUAGUUUAGGGUAUGUUGGCAUCUUUUUCUAUGAAUUCUAAGUAAUGUGAUUUAUGAUUAAUGUAAUUUGUUUUAAUAGUAUUGAAGUUGUUAGACAUUGUAACUGCAUUCUUCUUUGGACAUGACUUCAUUAUUAAUUGUGGACUCUUGUACAUACUGAACUUCUUUCAGCAAAGUAUUUUUCCAUUUGCUACAAUGGCAAGUAUUGUUGAUUUGUACCUUUUGUACAAAUCAGUUACUUUUGCAGUUAAAAGAAAGAACUAUUAUUAAUCCAUCAUGAAACAAAUUUGGAGACCCCUGGAUGUGUGUAUUUAAAUAAUCGCAAUCAUAAAGUGCAUACAGUAGGUGAUGUACAAUGUAUGUGUGUAGAUCAGGAUUGAAGAUCAGAGUAGGGAUAAGUAAUAAACGUCUUCAAGAGGUGAGAAGAUACAUUCAUUCUGUUCACCUUUAAUGAAAACAUACAAGGCCAUCUUAUCAGUUCCCCGCUAUGUUUCAGUUCACCAAUUACUCAUUCACAUCAGGUUUUUGAGCAUGUUGAAAGCAAAAUGGGUAUUUUUCCUACGCUGUAUGUAGGAAUAUAUCUGGACUAAAAUACAUUUUGACACUCCAUUAUGGCUUUGUGUUGCAAUAUAAUACUUUGUCCUUAUGUUUGUUCAUUACAUACUGUAUAUUUAAGUAGAACACCCUACUCCAUGAGACAGAUGUCUGAAAUGCUGCUACAUCCCUCUGACUUACUACUUUUAUUAAGCUGGGAUUUACUGACAUUUUUCUGUACAUUUCUUGCUUGCCCAUUCAGGUCAUCAAGCAUUACAACAUGAGAUUCGUUUUUUCUUUGAGGUGUUACUUUGUACAAAACAUAAUACUUAGCAUAGUUGCUAAGAUGUCCAAAGAUCUUUGUUCUCCUUGUCACUUUUUUUCCAUGAUCUUCUGUAAAUUAAUAAAGUCCUGUUUUUUAUGUCUCCC